ACUACCGCUACCACCAUGGCAUCUGCUAGCAGCUCCGCACAGGCCGCCUUCGGGCUGGGCCGCAGGAAGAAGGACCCCAGCCUUUUGGAUCAGAUCGGAAAGUUCUUCGGAGGGGAGAAGAAGAGGAAGAGCAAGGGAUCCUUCCGUGGUGCUCUCUCUCCAGGCCCUCAGAAAGCGUCUGCGACCUCCCCUCGUAAGCGCGGAGCAGAAAACGCUGUGGUCACCUUCUUCCGCACAAUUGUGUCCCCUGCCCCUCCUAAGUCCAGGUGGACAGGACUAGCAGCCAAGAUGGGCAUGGGCAACCAGAAGUCCCAGUCUAAAGCCAAGAAGGCCAGUGCUGGGGACGGAAAGGGCUCCCUCACUAGGAUCUUCAAUAUGUGAUGAUAUCACCAGCAGAGGAAGCAGGAGCGCAUCUCCAGCCAAACGCUGAGGUCCCUCUCCACUCGACAACCCAAACCCCCCCCCCCCCCCCUUCCCACCUUCCAACAGCUCGAGGGCAGACCUUCAAGAACACGGGACUAACGUGGGGGAGAAAAGGAAAAAAGAAAAAAGAGGAAGAAAAGGAGGAAACCUUGUCACCCGCUCACACUCGACCUCCCCUCCGCCUCUGAUAACACUUUAAUGUUUCGCUAAAUCCCUCGCCUCUCCUUGCCUCUCCCUACCCCCCCCCCGCCUCCGCCUUGGCUGGUAGAUAGCGACACAAUCUGUUGCCCCCCCCCCCCCCAUCCCCCCAUCCCUCCCUGCAUGCGUGGUGCUGAGUAGUUGUCAUCAUGAACUGUUUGCUGAAGUUGACCCUGAAGCCGCUCACAUGUGCAGCCUGAAUGACCCCUGCUGACCCCCCCCCCCCCGCCGCGGCUCUCUCCCCCCUUAUACGUGUGCUGCUUGAGUUCCUGUGGACGUCUCACAUAGUUUCUCUACAUUUCAAAUUAAGGUGGCUGAACUGAAGCUCACCCGGAGCAUCUGAAAGUCGAGGCCGGUGCAAGUCCAACUGACUUGACCGUCACUGCCGCUCGUGGACUCGGAUGAAAAGGCCGGGUGGCUUCUGUUUUUAGUGAAGAGUGAUUUUCUGUCUCAUCGCGCUGUCGUUCGUCGAACCCCUCCGACCUCGUGUUUGAUUUUUUUCUAAUAAUUGGUUUAACAGUGUUCACAUUGUUAUGGGAGCCAUUGUGUUAUUUUUCCAUCCUCGUGUCUUUAGCCGUUGCUAAGUGUCCUGUCCUGAAUGUCACGUCAGUCUGUGUUUGUCGUUACGGCCGGCUGCAGGUUUGUUGUGGUGAAGGAUUCACUUCUCAAACUUUCUAAAAUCCAUAUCCUGUAGCAGCCACCGUGAGCAGGAGAUAAUUGAGUCGUUUCUAACGCGUUGUUUUUCUUUUUCAGUCCACGAGAUUAUGAUUCACACUCAUUCUCACUUCCACAUGCAGAACUAAAGAACUUGAAAGGGAACUAUUUUCCAUUUUUAAAACCCUCCCACUCUGAAUCCGAAGCAUGAAGCCAGAUUCAGAGCUUCCAUCUCUGCUUCAGCGUAGUCUUCUCUGUGUUUCGUAAGCGCAGCACAAGUGCCUUUUCCUCCUGACUACCAAAAAACAAUGUGCUGUGUCUGUGGAUAAUGAUAAAGAAAACACAAUUUCAAAAAAGGUGCUCUGUAACUAACUCUGUAUUGACACAUUAUAAGGUGUUUACUUGGGAAUGUUGUCUGACAACACUGUGCCACUCGGGCUGUUCCAAACGUCCCCCCCCACCCCCCUCCCAACGCAGGCCUUUGUGAUGUGUGGCGUCCGCCUCUCCUCCUGUUUGUGUGUGCUUCAGCCUCAUCGAGUGCUGUGUAGUGUUUGUUUCUUUCCCCAAGUGAACGAAUGUAAAGAUCCUCCUCAUUACUGUAUGUGUAAUAAACAUGACCAGCCACUUAACUGAAAAAUAAAUAAAAAGGAUAAAACCAACUCUA